GGUGUAUAUUUUUAUAUAAAUUUUUUAUAAAAACUUCAAAAGGCAUAAAUGCGUUUGGGGAGACUUUCCGUGAGAAAUAAAGCACCGAAUUUUCUAUGUAUUAUACACUAAGCCUACUCGCUGUCUUGCUCUGCGCCACAGUGCAAACUGCAAAGUCACGCACCAUUACGAUCUCCAUGAACAUGUCACUAGCAAUGAACGUGGAACGACGUAAAGAGCUUUUGGAGACAAACCAACGACAACUGCAGCAAGAACAAGCGCGACCCGCACUCACCGCUGCUGUACUGCGCUCGUGUAUGAAAGAAACCGAACUCUCCAUGGCGGAGUUGCAUCGUUUUCGACUGAGUUUGCUCACUCGCGAUCCUGAACUAAACACCACCGAUUAUACGAGUACAGAACUACCAAAUUUAUAUGACAUGGAGGAGGACGAUUUAGUCUCUGAAGAAACCGAAUUAGAUGGUAUUAUUUAUGAACCUCAAGCGGAUAUAAAUGAAGUCAAUAAUAAUGCGUUAGAUUACGAAGAUCCGCUGACUAUCAGAAGUGAUGGAAAAACUGACGAAUCAUUGCAAUGCUUCGCCUACUGUCUCUACGAACAAUUAGGUUUAAUCUCGAAAGGUGUUUAUAUGGAUGAGGAACUUUUCGGGAAGCUGUAUGCUAUUGUCGGGCGUGAACGCCAUUUGGUGAAGGAAUGCAUGAAUCUAAAUACAAAUAAUAAAUGUGAAUCUUUAUACAAAAUGCAUUUAUGCUACGUACGUUUGAAGACACUUGAAGAGGAGGCUCGUAUACGCAAAGUGCUGGAGAGUGCAUAUCCUGGCGAAAGGGAAGAAGCGGGAGGGGAAGAAAUACCGGAAGCAGAGACUACGCAGGAAACGUACGCUGUGGAGGAAACAGAGACAACGCAGUCAACAUAUACUGUUGAGGAGAACGCCAAAACUGACGACUUUGCAGUCAAAAAGUUGAUGAAACAGCUGAAAAAGAAGUUGAAGCUGGUGGAUGCAGAUGUGCAGCUCAGAGAAAUGUUGCAAAAUUGGAUUGCGGCUUAGUUGAGAAUAGUUUGAAAGCAGUAAUAUGGAUGUAAAAAACAGCACAAUGAUUAGUCAGAAGGCUGUUAUAUAUAUUUAUAUAUAUUAUUAUAUAUAUUUGCAAUAAAAUUCAGCUAAUGUGUAUUAGAAUAAAAGCUUCGUUGAUUGCACGAUUUCGA